AUGAACCAAACGAAAUUAUCGGAGGAGCCGGAGGUUGCACAAAAAGAAGUGCUUCGACAAGAACUUGAGAAGACGAAUGAAGAAUUGGCGUGGAAGAAAAUGGAAUUGGAGGUGAUGAGAGGAAAAUUGAGAGGAAAAUCGAGAUCACUGCAAGAGUUGUACGAGAAGAACGAGGCCGAGAACAAGAUAAUGGAAAGGGAAAUAGAGACGAUGGCGAGAACGGGCGCGAGAAUGCAAACGAAUAUGGACGAGUACAACGAGAUCCAGCAGGAUUGGGCGGAACAGUGCAAAAAGGAGAGCCUACGAUUGGGGGAACAAGUGAACCGGCUGAUGGAGGGAAAGGAGCCGCCCAUGACACUGAUGCCCGGAUGCGGGUUUUGUGCGACCGAAUUCUGUGCGAGUGAAGAGAAGACGCCGCGACUGUUGGGUAAGUUUUAUCGAGUUCAAAGUGAAAAGUCUAAUUCAAUUCAGGCUGUGGCCACAGUGUGUGCGAGGAGUGCGCGCGGAGCAUUUCCGAGGGCCAGGACAGGAUCUCGUGCCCGUUCUGCAAAAUAGUCACCGAGGUGCCCGACUCCGAUGUGAUGAAUCUCAAGAAGAACUUCACGAUCGUCAACAUGUUCACAAGAAUCUAA